AAACGCCUACUAUUUUCAGUAACCAGUAUGUGUGGGACAUAUUGUAUACUAAUACUACCACUACUACUCCUCCUUUCUCAUUUGUGUGGCGUACCUUCCCUACGUUUCUUUCUGUCCUUCCCUCAAACCUUCCCUAUAUAACACCCCUUAUCCCCCCUGGUUUCCCUCGCUCAACUCUCGCAUCCAUGUUUCAUUCAAAUCCUUUAAUUUUCUUCAGCCACUAAAACACAUUACUCUCCACUAGUUUCCGCAAUGGCGGCUUCCGUUGAUAACCGUCAAUACCCAGCCCCAGGGCUCCAAGUCCAAACCCCUUUAAACGGCGUCGUACGCACUUUCAAGCCUUCGCAUAACAAUAAUAAUAACCGCUCUGAUUCCCCCAUUCGCGGUUAUAACAAACUCCCGCAGAAUUCGGACUUCACGCUCCCCAAGAAGUCACCUGACUCCCCGUUCAGCUUAGACAACGCGUGUUCAAGUGACGACGAAGACGACGAAAACGACGUCGCCGAACUCAAAACCCUCAUUCACAAGGGAACCGCUGAAUUGGAACCUUCAAUCUACGACCCGCGCGACGAUGGAACCUCCGACAGCUGGAUCCAGCGCAACGCCUCCCUCGUCCGUCUCACCGGAAAGCACCCGUUUAACUCUGAGCCACCGCUACAACGCCUCAUGCACCAUGGCUUCAUCACACCGGUCCCAAUCCACUAUGUACGUAACCACGGGCCUGUUCCCAAGGCUCACUGGGAGGACUGGUCCGUAGAAGUGUGCGGAAUGGUAAAACGUCCCGCACACUUCACCAUGGACCAGCUCCUCCAAGAUUUCCCAAGCCGUGAGUUUCCUGCAACGCUUGUUUGCGCAGGGAACCGGCGGAAGGAACAAAACAUGGUGAAGCAGAGCAUCGGGUUCAACUGGGGAGCGGCGGCGAUUUCCACGUCGGUGUGGAGAGGUGUGCCGUUAUGGAGUUUGUUAAAGCGGUGCGGGAUCAUGAGCAAAACGAAGGGCGCCCUCCACGUGUGCUUCGAGGGCGCUGAGGAUCUGCCAGGUGGCGGUGGAUCCAAAUACGGAACGAGUAUCCUGAGGGAGGUUGCACUGGAUCCCUCCCGCGAUAUAAUCCUGGCUUACAUGCAAAACGGCGAGCGUUUAGCGCCAGAUCACGGUUUCCCUAUUCGAAUGAUCAUCCCCGGAUUCAUCGGUGGACGCAUGGUUAAAUGGUUGAAACGCAUCAUAGUUACACCGAAGCAAUCUGACAGUUAUUACCACUACAAAGAUAACAGAGUACUCCCCUCUCAUGUGGAUGCUGAACUCGCCAAUGCAGAAGCUUGGUGGUACAAGCCAGAGUAUUUGAUCAAUGAGCUCAACAUAAAUUCUGUGAUAACGACGCCGUGCCAUAACGAGAUUUUGCCGAUAAACUCGUGGACUACUCAGAGGCCUUAUGUACUCAGGGGAUACGCAUAUUCUGGGGGUGGAAGAAAGGUGACACGUGUUGAGGUUACAAUGGACGGUGGGGAGACGUGGCAAGUGUGCAGCUUAGAGCACCCAGAGAAGCCGAACAAGUACGGCAAAUACUGGUGCUGGUGCUUCUGGUCGUUGGAGGUGGAGGUGCUCGACCUCCUUGGUUCCAAGGAAAUUGCGGUGCGUGCUUGGGACGAGUCCCUCAACACCCAGCCGGAGAAGCUCAUUUGGAAUGUUUUAGGUAUUUGUAAUAUGUAGGGCAUGAUGAACAACUGCUGGUUCAGGGUGAAAACCAACAUGUGCAAGGCACACAGCAGGGGUGAAAUAGGAAUAUCAUUCGAGCACCCAACCCAACCGGGGAACCAAUCCGGUGGGUGGAUGGCGAAGGAGAGGCAUCUGGAGAAAUCUUCUGAUACCACACCAUCCCUCAAGAAGAGUAUCUCCACACCCUUCAUGAACACUUCCUCCAAGAUGUUUUCCAUCUCCGAUGUCCGAAAGCACUGCACCGCUGAAUCCGCAUGGAUCAUCGUCCACGGCCACGUCUACGACUGCACUCGUUUCCUCAAGGACCAUCCCGGCGGCAUCGACAGCAUCCUUAUCAACGCCGGCACUGACUGUACCGAAGAGUUCGAAGCCAUCCACUCCGACAAAGCCAAGAAAAUGCUCGAAGAUUACCGCGUCGGCGAGCUCAUCAACACCGGCUACACCUCCUCCUCCGACUCCUCCCCUAACACCACUGUCCAUGGAAACUCCGAAACCACUCACUUAGCUCCGAUAAAUGAAGUUCCGGUUCCGCCGGUUACACCGAUCCGGAGCGCGGCACUCAACCCACGGGAGAAAAUCCCAUGCAAGCUGGUGUCCAAGAAAUCCAUUUCCAACGACGUUAGGCUCUUCCGUUUCGCAUUGCCGUCGGAGGAGCAGCUCCUGGGCUUGCCAGUUGGCAAGCAUGUUUUUGUGUGCGCAAACAUUGACGGGAAGCUCUGCAUGCGUGCGUACACUCCAUCUAGCGACGUCGAUGAAGUGGGACACUUUGAUUUGGUAGUUAAGAUUUAUUUCAAGAACGUGCAUCCUAAGUUCCCCAACGGAGGACUCAUGUCACAACAUUUGGACUCGCUUCCUAUUGGUUCUUUCUUGGAAAUUAAGGGUCCGUUGGGACACAUAGAGUACACUGGCAAAGGAAACUUCACGGUUCACGGAAACCACCGGUUUGCAAAGAGGCUUGCCAUGCUGGCUGGUGGGACCGGAAUCACGCCCAUUUACCAAGUUGUCCAAGCCAUCCUGAAGGAUCCUGAGGACCGAACCGAGAUGCACGUGGUUUACGCGAACCGGAGCGAGGAUGACAUCUUGCUGAGGGAAGAGCUUGAUGCGUGGGCCAAGAGCGAUGAACGGUUCAAGAUUUGGUACGUUGUGGAGAACCAAAGAGAAGGGUGGGAAUACAGUGUGGGGUUCAUCACGGAGAGUAUCUUGAGGGAGCAUCUUCCUCCUGCAUCCGAAGAUACUUUGGCUUUGACUUGUGGACCACCACCAAUGAUUAAGUUUGCAGUGCAGCCCAAUUUGGAGAAGAUGGGGUAUGACAUUAAGAACAACUUGCUAUUAUUUUAGGGUACGUACGUACGGUACUAGCUAGCUAGGUUGCGCUUGUAAAUAUACGUAUGUAUGUAUUGUUAAAAAUAAAUAAAUGAUUCUGUAUGGGGGUAGUAGUUUAUUCUAG